UUUUUGUUUAUUGUAGAAUCAACUCGAUUUACUUCCGUAUUCAAAAUAUUGGAUUACACAAUGGCGAAAUUUACAUCAUCUACACCUUUUGCAAAUUAUACAACAAAUGUAAUAUCCACGAUUGGACCUAUGCCAGUUAUACCAGCUACAUACAAACCGAUAGAAGGUGGAGACAUUGCAUUAACAUUAAUUGCAAGUACAUUGUCAAUAUUCGGUGCAAUUUUAAUAUUCGUGGCAUAUUGUGUGACUGAUAGCUUCCGACCAGAAAAUGAAACCAGAAGACUAUUGAUAUAUUUAACUGUUUCCGAUUUAAUCGUUGCUUUUGGCAAUUUCGGAGGAACGAUAAGAUAUAAAGCUGUAUUUGGCGAUAAAGAAUUUUCUCUGAAUUGUACUAUGGACACUCGAUGUGAUCUAUUUUGUGUUGUUCAGAGUUUUAUUUCUGCCACAGCAUCCAUGUGGUCGUUCUUCUGGAAUACAGUAAUUGCUAUCCAUAUAUGUGUUGCUUUGAUUUACUGUCGACAUGGUUCAUGGCCUUGGAAGAUGAAAAUAUUCACUCAUGCUGUAUGUUGGUUGGUGCCUUUGAGUAUAACUAUAGCUGCUGUAAGUAACGAUGUUCUAGGGGAAGACUUUUCUCAAGGAACUGGUGCCUGGUGCUGGAUCUCGUCCUGUAUUGAUAAGAACGCCAGAACGUUAUGGAUGGUGGUUACCGGUAAAGGAUGGGAAAUCACAUGGUAUUUUGUCACCUGCAUUAUGUUCUUUUUUGUAAAAGGAUAUAUGUGGAAACAGAGACGAAGACACAAUCGACGUCAUUUCAGUGAAGUAUCAGAACGACUGAGAGCCGAAGAUGAAAAUUACCUUUACUUAUGGUUGAUCGGGUAUUGUCUCAGAAUAUGGGGAACAUGUCGAUUUUUCUUAUAUGCGUUACGACGGCAUACUGAUAAUCCGCUGUCUCAUUUUGACUCUACAGAUGAUGUAUUUCUUCAUUUACAAAGUUUUGGAGACAGUGCGCAGGCGUUUUGCACGUGUAUUUUAUUUUGCUUUUUAGAUAAGACUACUAGACAUCACCUCUACAAAAAACUGUGUUGCAAAAAAUCUGAUGAAGAGGAACUAAGACCAAUUAUAAACGAAAAAACAAAUAGCAAUUAUUCUGUUUAAAAAUGAAUAACAUUUUUUUUUUUUAUAUACGUUUUAGAAUGUAAUUGAUAAAUAAUAAGAAUUUUGGUUGAUCUGGUAACCAUGACGGUGACAGCUAAUGCCCCUUUAAUAAAAACUGUGUUGAUGGUAAUACUAAGUAAUAACUUUCUUUCAACUGCUGUAUGUAGUAUUUUUUUUUUAAUUGAUUGUUCAACGCUAUCUAAAAAAU